AUGUCUCAAAAGGGCAAAGGACGCAAGUUCUUCCAGCAAUUACAACCGACAUUCGCCAUCGACGUCCCACAGGCAUCAACCGUCAAACUCGAAUUCUUGGACCACUCUGAUCCCGCCAAGGAUGUUGUUGUUCGGAAGAAGGCAAGAGAAUGGGUCAACAAAAAUAGGGCGAAAUCGAAGCAAAGUGGCAGCGGCAGCAAGUCGCAAACCACAUGUCACAAGGAAGCAGACGUCGAGCUUGUCAUUAGAGGCACAAAAGUCAAGAAGCUGGAGUACGACAAUAUAGAGGAUCUUAUAAAGCAAGCUGAACACUUAUCACCGUCCACGGGAAUCAAUUCCUUCGAUCCUUUCAGCCUGCUACCCAGAGUUGGGCGCAAAUACGACCAUAUAGUCCAGUUCUUCUUGACCUCAUGCCCGGAAGAGGUUCCAUGCUCAGACGAUAAGUAUUCCGAUAACUCGAAACUCGUUCCUUUCUCCAGUGACAAUACUGUCAUAGGAAACAUGGCGAAGAGCAGGGUCACCUUCGUCUUGUGGCUGUAUGCAACAGCCCUUAUCCGAAAUGGCAUGGACAGUUCUGCGGAUGCAGAAGAGGUAAGGUGGUACUAUCAUCAUGCCUUACGCGAAAUACAGGAGACCUUGAAAAGAGAUGAGGUCGCUGGAGAGUACUCGGAAGACAUCCUCAAGGCUGUAGCUUGUAUCACAGCAGCAGCAAGCUUUGGUGGCAUGUUCAAGACUGCCGAAUUACAUCGCGAUGCCCUAGUAAGACUUCUAAGCAUGCGCGGAGGUGGGGAUUUGAUUGCAGCAUUACAGUCUACCGCCCCCUGGACAGCAAAGGCUAUACAGUGGUGCGAGAUCAUGGUUGCUACACAGCUCGCCGAGCGUCCCAAGAUACCAUAUUAUGUGCCUGCCCAACACACCAUUCCAACGCCAGAACCAGUCAUGAGAGAAUCCACACGCCUUACACUAAAUAGCCUCGCAAAUCUUCCACCACUUUCGGCAACUCUGCAAAGGAUCCUUGGUCUGUUCCAUCAUCUCGGAUUUGCAUAUGCGCAAAAGAAUCCUGCACCGAGAAUUGAUCUCUACAUCCUGCAACCCCUUUACGAUGUGGAGUACACACUUCUACAGGUACUAGAAGAGCAGAAAGGCCGCGACCACUACUACUCAAAUGUGGACGUCUUAUUGACUGAAACAUUUCAGCUAUACUUCUGGACUGGUCCACGUGCUCUCCCACCACAGACUCGAUUGUGUGAUUUCCUUAUAUCACGUAGUAUGCGCGCAUUGUUACCUCUUUUGCUCGAAGCCGUUCCCGAAGUUGACCUUGAAUAUAUUCCUGAGACUACCGCAUCUGUCCUCGACCACAUGGACAAUUGGGUAUCCCAUUCAUUUCACCAUCCACGCACCACUAAUAACGCUAUCAUGUGGAGCCUGGCGCUUGGUACCGUGGUGUCGAUGGGUCUGAACAGGCCAGAACACUCGUGGUUCAAAGGCCAUUUUCUUUACGUCUUGCAACUCUUAGGCUUGGACAGGAGCGAGCAAGAUUAUCUGGACUUCCUCGAGAUUUUCCCAGCCACUGAGGGGUUUCCCUGGAUUGACUUAAGGAUUCUCUAUAAACAAUUUGUGCCAAGAUAUCAAUGA